UGCACAUACUUCUUGCAUCGUUUUUGCACCGCUACGUCGUAAUCGUGAUUGCAGUUAAAAAAAAACAGACCUGCAACGUCUGUAUCAGGACAUCAUUUGGGACAAAAUCGUAAAAGUAUGAAGUGCCUAUUGAUGAUCAUCAUUCUCGUGGCUAUCACCUCGACCAUUAAGGCAGAAACAUUUAGAGUCACUGAUCAAGUAUAUUUCGAUAUCAUGAUUGAUAAUCAUCCAGUUGGUAGGAUUAUUAUUGGUUUGUUCGGCGAUAUUGCUCCAAAAACGGUGAAAAACUUUAUCACUUUUGCUACUACUGGUAUAGCUGGAAAAAAAUAUGCAGGGACCAAAUUUCAUCGCGUGAUAAAAAAGUUCAUGAUUCAAGGUGGUGACGUCGAAAAUGGCGACGGUACUGGUUCCAUUAGUAUUUAUGGAAAAUAUUUCGAUGAUGAAACUUUUGAAGUAAAACAUACCGGACCAUUGAUCGUCAGCAUGGCAAACGCUGGAAAGAACACCAACGGUUGUCAAUUUUUCAUUACUACCAUACCAACUCCUUGGCUAGAUGAUCACCAUACAGCAUUUGGAAAGGUGGUUAGCGGUGAAGCUGUAGUUUUUAAGAUCGAACAGACCAAAACGGAUAGCGAUGACAUUCCAUUAGUACCUGUAAUAAUCUAUGACAGUGGAAUUCUUCCAACGGAGCCAUUUACUAUAUCAGAUAACCCUUACGAUGUAUGGGCGUGGAUUAAGGCGACCUGCGUGCCGUUGGGAUUUAGCUUCUCGAUACUUGCAAUCUUUCAUUAUAUGAUGAAACAAUUGGAUGUCUAA